AUGGCGAGCGCGACCGAGGCGCAGGUAUCUGCGCAGCUUGGGGACGCCAUUGUUUCUUUUGCUCUCGAGGGAAGCUUCCCAGACGAGCAGGUGUCGUCCCUUUCGCUUUCGUCUUCCGAUCUGUCACCGGCGAUCGAUGCGCUGGAAAAGGCCAAGGGGGAAUUGGAGACCGAGAUCCAUACGAUAAACGAGGAAACAAAAGGGGACGUCAGCUCGUGGGUGAGCAACGCAAAGUCGCUACAAGAAGACAUCCUGCGAUCUAAGAGGCUGGCCGAUGAUAUUGUGCGACAAUCAGAAGCUCCACAAGUCUCAGGAAAGGCCAUCCAAGAUGCCGAAGAACACACACAUUUUCUGGAAAGAGAGGUGAUGUAUACGGAACAGCUGCACGAUGCGCUUAGGGGUAUCCAGCAUGUCAAUGAGCUUUUGGGGGAGGUUGAGCAGGCCAUGAACGAGCGGCGCAUCAUCGACUCGCUGCGAUGGUUGGAAAAGUCGUGGACCGAGUUGGAUGCCGUCCCUGUCAACAAGAAGACUUGCAGAGUCAUGAGGCUGCUUGAUCUGCGCGCGUUCGAGCUCAAAUCCAAUGUUCAUGAUGUCUUUGACCACGUUUGGGCAUCUCUUGUCCACACGGAUUUACAAGCAGGGUCCCUCUCCAUCUACGGAAAACUAGAAGGGGAGCAAAUGACCCUCUCAGAAGCCAUCAUCGGGCUUCAGGCCUACAAGGAGGUCGAAGACAGAAUGUCUAAGCUAUGGCACGAAGUUGACCAGGCUAUUGUGUCGCCAAGGAUGGAUAUAGAAGCUCCUUCUCUUCCUUCAAUUCGUGCAAGCGAGAACGUAGUGGAGUUGAAUGGCGAGGCCGGCCGGUCAAUAGACGAGCUAUUUACAGACCUCCGCAAGCUGGUCGAGUUCCUGGCAGCUAGAUUGACCCCUGACCUCCUAAUGUUCUUCAGUCCGAUCAUGAUGAGCGACCUGGUCCCGAGACUGGUCAAGGUCUGGCUGGACGGCGCGGUUCCUGCGACAUUGAAGGACAUCGACCGGUUCCAAGCCGUGAUUCAAUCUGCGCGAGGUUUCUGCGAGGUUCUCGAAGAAAAUGGUUUCACAGGCUUCACAGAGCUUAAGGAGUGGGUUGGAAGCGCACCAUCAAUUUGGCUCGCCAAGUGUAGAGAAACCGCACUUGACUCUGUCCGCAAUCAGCUCUCGAAUGGUUUGGGCGCCCCCAAGGAAGUCGAGAAGGUGGAAAAGCAGAUGGUGUCUCGCUCAGAGGGCAAGGAAUUGACAGCUAAUAACGCAGCGGCCGGGGCUGCAACAGACGAUGACUGGGGUGCUGCAUGGGGCGUCGAUGAUGGAGACGAGCCUGCCGAAGAAAAGUACAGCACCCAGCAAAGCCAAGAAGAGGACGACGGAGCAGACGCCUGGGGUUGGGACGAUGAUGACCAAGGUGCAGAUAAGAAGGAGGAGCCAGCCCAGCCAAGUGCGGAACCAGCAGCGGCGGACGAAGACGACGCAGCCGAUGCCUGGGGCUGGGAGAUGAAGACGCGACAGAACCGGCGCAAGAGCCUGAGAGACGAGAGCAGGGAAAUGGUGCUGAAGGAGAUCUAUCACAUAUCGUCCAUGCCAGAGCCAGUACUGGAGCUCAUCCUCGCCAUAUUAGAGGACGGUGCGGCUCUUACUCGGCCAGAAUUCGAGAACAGUCCUGUGGCAGCCGCGGCACCGGGCCUGUUCAGCUUACCAAUAUUUGCACUGGCCAUGUUCAGAGCCGUUUCACCGCACUACUACGCACUUGAUAUCGGCGGAAACAUGUUCCUUUACAAUGAUGCCAUGUACUUGUCCGAAAAGCUAAGCGAGCUGGCGUCAGCGUGGAAGUCGCGUGCAGACCUGACGACACGUGCCCAAAACAUGUUGCGCAUAGACAACGACAUCAAGAGCCUGCAAAACUUUGCGACGCGCGCAUACACUAAUGAACUCGGGGUGCAGAAAACGGUCCUUCGAGAUCUGCUAGGAGGCGAUCAAAGUCUGAUGCAACAGGAUGAACUAGACAGCUGCGUGGACUCGGCAGUAGCGCGGGUCAGAUCCCUGGCAGUGACAUGGGAAUCGAUUCUCUCGCGCUCCGUGUGGUACCAGGCGGUGGGGUCCCUCGCAGAUGCCAUCUCAUCAAAGAUUAUCAGCGACGUGAUGGAGUCGUCUUCCAUCGGCCAGGACGACGCCUACAGGAUCGCGCAGCUCAUUGCCAAGAUCACGGAGCUGGACGACCUCUUCCUCCCGUCGCGGACGGCAGCCUCGUCGGGGUCCGGCAAGGACGAGAUCCCGACGACGGCGCAGUACGCCGCCACGUGGCUCCGGCUCAAGUACCUCAGCGAAGUCCUCCAGUCGAACCUCAACGAGGUUAAGUAUCUCUGGUGCGACAGCGAGCUCAGCCUGUACUUUUCCGCGGACGAGGUGGUCGACCUCAUCGAGGCUAGCUUUGACGCUAACCCGCGGAUGAGGGAGACCAUCCGGGCGAUUCGGGAGAACCCAAGCCCCGUGCUCGCCUAG